AUGUCGACAACAGGAGGAGUGGCCCUCUUUGUCAACCUACUGCUCUCUGUCCUCUCCUUCUCUCUCUUUCUCUUCACCCUCGUGCAGAGCAUGUCGCGAAUGCCCAGGUACCGGGCGCCGCAGCGCAAGGCGCGCCGGAACGAAGACUACCGCCCAUCGACGGCGCCGGCCACGCUCAAGGCACGGCCGGGCAACAACAUCACGGUCGCGGUGCGCGUGCGGCCGCCGACUCGGCGCGAGUCUGCAGCGUAUGGGUCUGUGGUCAAGGUCCACCCGCCGGACUCGCUGGUCUUUGACGGAGUAGAGGCCGACCGGGCGGGCGUGCCAGCGCACGUCCGCGGCGCGGCGCGCAACAAGGCGUACACCUUUGACGCGGUGUUUGGCGACAAUACCGGGACUGCGGAGGUGUUUGCAAUGACUCUGCCGCUGCUCGACGACGUGCUCGCCGGAGUCAACGCGUGCGUGUUUGCCUAUGGCGCGACCGGCGCCGGCAAGACGUACACCAUGGCCGGCACGCCGUCAGAGCCAGGAGUGAUGGUGCGGAUGGUGGAGCACCUGCUGCAGCGGAUGGCAGUUGCGGAUGAGGCGUACGAGCUCUCGAUCUCGUACCUCGAGAUCUACAACGAGAAGAUCUUCGAUCUACUCGUGCCGUCGUCAGGCCCGCUCCCGCUCCGUGCUGAUGGCAAGGGCGGCGUGACCGUGGCCGGCAUGUCAAGCCAUAACCCGCGGACGAUUGACCAGGUCAUGCAGCUGCUCGACCACGGCAAUGCAAACCGGACGCAGGCACCCACAGACGUCAAUGCCACCUCGUCGCGGUCGCACGCACUGUUUGAGAUUACAGUCACCUCCCCGCGGCACGUGGGCAAGAUGACGCUCAUCGAUCUUGCCGGCUCGGAGCGGGCGUCUAAGACCAACAACCGUGGCGUCCGCCUUCGGGAGGGCGCCAAGAUCAACCGCUCGCUCCUCGCGCUCGGCGGAUGCAUCCGUGCGCUGUGUGACGGCUCGUCGCACGUCCCGUUCCGCAACUCCAAGUUGACCCGGAUGUUGGCCGACUCGCUCGGCGGCAGCUCGCGGACGGUGGUCCUGGCAUGCGUGGCGCCUACGGCGUCGAGCUACGAGGACACGUUCAACACGCUCCAUUACUGCGAGCGGAUGAAGAAGGUCCGCAAGCGCAAGGCUGUGAGCAACGCGCGGAACCUGGCGCCGGCCGACGUCAUCGCCGCGCUUCGGGCCGAGAUUGCCGAGCUCAAGGCUGCAGGCCCAUCGCGGAGCCGCCAGCGCGAUGCGUCGCGGCUGGAUGCGUUCCGAGCACAGAUUGCGGCACAGGCACCUGCCAAUCUCGACUCGCCGAUGCUGCCGCCGCACAUGCGGCGGAUUGUGUCAACGGCAGCAGCUGAGCUCGCCUCGCCGUCCAAGCGCGAUCUGGUCAAGAUGGCGGCGGCCAAUGUCCAGCUCAAGCUCGAGAUCACCAAGCUCCGGGCGGUGGUUCAUGCUGGCCAGCCGCGGUCGCCAUCGGCGUCGCCGGCGGCACUCACGGCCUCACUGCUCAACUCUCCGAGCCCUGUCCGACUGUCAUCAGCAACGCGGUCUGCGGUUGUCCCGGGUGCGGGCGUCCAGUUUGCUGCCUCUCCGUCGAUGGUCCGAUUGGCAUCGGCCUCGCCGUCGGCCUCAGGUGAUGGCGACGACGAGUCGGACGAGUCGACACUUGCGCUCCGCGAGCGGCCGUUUACUUCGGCAGGGGUCACGACUGCAGCCGGACGCGAUGCAAGCGAUGGCACAGCGGGUCUGGCGCUGGCGGACCUCUCGGCGACCUCGCUCUCGCCGAUCGACAAGCGCGGCUCGGUGCUUGUGGUCAACACACCGCGGAUGACGCCGCCGCCGCGGAAGCGGCGGGUCAUUGCGCGUAAGCGCAUCGGGCGGCGCAAGGUGGUGACGCGCCCUGUCGAUGACAACAAGGAAAACUCACCGAUGACAUCGCUCGAGGCGCUCGCCAACUGGCAACCGCCGCGCAAACCGCGCAUGGCCCGUGUGGGCCAGGCUGCGCGCGCCCGCGGCGGCGUGUGGAAGUAACUCGCAAUGCGAGCCUUGUCAAACCUUGUAUCCUACUUUCCCUCCACAUCGGGGCGCUUGAACUAAACAGCCUUGACUACG